AUGCGCUCCUCCACCGACGACGUCACGAUUAUUCCAAAGCCUCGAGAAGACUGGAAGCCAGUCCAACGUCGUCAAGCCAGUCGAUAUCCAGAAGGGGUCUAUGAACAAGACAGGUAUCUUGUCCACAAAAACGAUUUCGUGACACAAUCCCAAGGGACCGAUCGCCAAUCCAGCACGACGCAUCCUAAACACGAACAGUCAAGAUUCAAGGCGGUCAGGAGAGCAUCAUCCAAUAGUGAAGUGCUGCAAGAUGCUCAUAGCGGUGUGUAUAAGCACUUUCUACGCCCACCGCACCGUCCAAGUACCAGCGACAGUCCUGCAUCAGCACUGCUGAGACCUCGAAGCAAACUUUCCGGUGAACAUCCGGAGAUUCGGACCACAGGAACCACGCCGACUUCUGCGCGACAGGGCUCCUCGGCGAUACAUGAUAUCACUCCUAUAGAAUCUCAUUUUCCUCAUCGACCCCAAACACCAAAAGCUGGGUUCCUUGGCCAUUGGCUUGGAAUGCUAAGCAACAAAGCACCACCAAGUCGAGCAGUAACUCCCAGUGAGGAUCUCGAAGAAGUGACUCUGAUUAUACCCACUGAAGAAGUUAUCGCUGCGCGUCGACAGUGUCCCAGCAAUGUUACGACCGCCUCGAGAGGGUCAAAGAGAAGCCACCAGACAGAGCAUACCUUUUCCUCUGAUCAUCCCAUCUCGUUUGAGGGAGAUCCUCAUCGACCAGUGCUAGGGCAAAGAGGAAGUUGGUUUACUUCGAGGCGAAAGUCAUCGCCUUCAUUGGGCAAGAGCCAAAAGAAAACAUUGACUCCGGCCAAGAACGAUUCGAUCAUGUCGAGGCGGACUUCUCGCGAAAAGACCGCGAAGGGCAAGAGUUCAGAUAUUAGUCAAGCUGGCAGCGGAGGGCCCUAA